AUGGCAACACUUGCAUCAAAUCUCGUCUGUAUCGGAAAAGUGAAGGGGUUGCAGAUAAAUUGCAGAAGGAAAGAGAAAGGAAGAGAUCAAAGCGAUUCUCCUUAUAAAGUCAUUGAAAUUACUCCUCCCCCUAAAUCUCUUGGCGUUCGUUGCCUUCCUCAUAAUCUUCAAUGCGGAGAGAAUGUGAUGAUAGAAGGGCAAACAUACACAAUCUCGGCGGUGACUCAUCGGUAUCAGCUCCGGAAAGGCAAGUACGAGCCGAGUGAGAGGCGGCUCGAUGUUCUCUCCGCCGCUAGAUACGUCUUAAACCUUUAUUUCGACAAUUUGCUCCAAAAUUCUUAA